AUGACAGGCCCUGAUCCACAAGCCUUUGAAAAGCCCGACGAAAAUAUGGAAAAAGUGGCCCCUGUCAUCUCUCGAGACCGCUCGGAGAUGGAAGGCCAGCUCAAAUAUGACAAGGGCACCGAUGAAGCCUUGAAAUUCAUAGGCGGCCAUGCAGUGGAGGUUACGGAGGAAGCAGACAGAAGAGUUCGUCGCAAAAUUGAUUCUCGUCUUUUGCCAUGGAUGUGUGGAUUAUACCUCUUGCAAUACCUUGACAAGACCGCUCUGUCAUAUGCUUCCUCGAUGGGUAUGAAAGCCGAUACACACAUGAGUACCAGCGAGUACUCGUGGACUGGAUCAAUUUUCUAUGUUGGAUACCUGGUGUUCGAAUAUCCACACAACCGCUUAAUGCAGAAAUUCCCUCUGGGAAAAUAUCUAUCCAUCUGUGUCAUUCUCUGGGGUAUGGUUUUGUCCGCGACAGCGGGGACUCAAAAUGCUGCUGGUGUUUUGGCCGUUCGCUUCUUUCUUGGUGCCUUGGAGGGUGCAGUUACUGCCGGAUUCGUACUAGUAACCUCACAAUGGUACCCAUUGAAGGACCAAGGCACCCGGUGUGCUAUUUGGUUUUCAUUCAACGGCGUGUCCCAGAUCAUCGGCGGUGUUCUAGCGUAUGGCGUUUAUACGGGCUUCGAGAAGGCGCACUACACUUUUCCCUCAUGGAAGGCAAUAUUCCUUAUUCCAGGUCUUCUAACGGCUGUGUGUGGUAUGUUCAUGUACUACUUUAUGCCCGACUCGCCCGUCACUGCUCGUUGGUUGACGGAGGAGGAAAAGCACAUUGCCGUGGAACGGAUUCGUGGAAACCAGCAAGGAAUUGGAAGCAAGGUUUUCAAAUGGAGUCAGAUUCGUGAGGUGUUUACGGAUAUUCGAACAUAUCUGAUAUUUUUCUUCAUGGUGACCGUCGACAUUCCCAACGGUGGCAUCACUGUGUUCUUCACAGAGCUCAUCGAAAGCUUUGGUUUUGAUACUGAAAAGACGUUUCUCCUCGCCAUGCCCGGCGGUUUGGUUGAGGUCAUCUCCCUCAUCGGGCUCUCGUACCUAGCUAACAAAAUAAAUAAUCGCAUGUUCUGCGCAGUGAUUGGGCAGCUUUUCGGACUACUGGGAAUGGCGCUGAUGAUGGGCCUUUCACGAAGUGGUGUCACAGCUUAUCCCAUCGGCCAGCUCGUUGGAUAUUAUCUUAUGAUGGGCAAUACUGCCACAGCGUUGACGCUGGUUCUUUCGGUUAUCUCUUCCAAUACAGCCGGAUACACCAAGAAGACCACUGUCAACGCCAUUGCCUUGGUUGGGUACUGUGUUGGUUUCCUAAUAGGACCCCAGACCUACCGUCAGUCACCCGCUUAUCCUGAUGCCAAGUGGACGACUAUUGCUAUGUGGACCUUUGCACUGCUCUGUUGUUUGGCUUUGUAUUUUGUCAACAAGAGGGAGAACGAUAGAAGGGACAAGUUAGCAGCUGAGCUGCCGCCGCAGCCCGAAGGGCAGGAAUUUUUGGACUUGACAGACAAGGAGAAUUUGAAAUGGCCCUGGGAGCCAAAUCACUCGUCGCGCAGGGGCCUCCUCCCAGUGGCAUCUGGUCUCUUCGUCUUCUUGACGGCCAUCGCGUCGGUUUCCUUUUUGCUUGCGCCAGUUCUGCGACGCCUACACUUGCAGUUCGGGCUCACCCUCUUCGACUACGGGUUUUACGGCCUUUAUCCGACACGCCACUAUGUCAGUUUCGAUCUCGCCUCGCCUGACGUGGAAUUGGCCCGCUGGGAUUCCCGGUGUAGUGAUGAUUACGUUUUUAUGGCUCCGCACGGUAAACCGAUUGAGGGAUCCUGGCCGCUAAUUCUCGAUGCCAGGGGCAAUCUGGUCUGGACGAUGCCCACGGUCGACACAACACAGGAUUUCCAUGUGCAGGAAUACCUUGGCGAGAAAUAUCUCACGUAUUGGCACGGGGAGAACCUAAAUGGACACGGAUUAGGUUCAUGGUCUAUGCUGGAUUCUUCCUAUGUCCACCGAUUCGAAGUGGUGACGAUAGGCGAUUUCGACGGCGAUCUGCACGACUUCCAAAUAACAUCGAAUGGCACGGCGCUCGCUGUCAUCUAUGACCUCCAGGCCGCCAACCUGAUGGGUCAAGGCGGCCCGCAGUCUGGCUUCAUCUACGACGGGGUCUUCCAGGAGAUCGAUAUCGCCACCGGCAAUCUGCUCUUUGAGUGGCGCACUUCACAGCACGUCCCGCUAGAUUCGUCGUACAAAACUCUCGGGGUUGGGGGCAAGGACCGUUCCCUGCCAUGGGACCCAUACCACAUUAACAGCAUCGAUAAAGAUGAGGCCGGUAACUAUCUCGUCUCUAUGCGCCACACGCACGCUCUAUAUAGCAUCGACGGCACGACCGGCGAAAUUCUGUGGACGUUGGGCGGGAAAGCGAACCAAUUCAUAGAUGUUUCUGACGGCCAGGCCACCAACUUCGCCUGGCAGCAUGAUGCGCGUUGGCGUGACAAUCGCACCAUUACUCUGUUUAACAACAACGCUAAGGAUUUCCUCGGUCCUGUAACUCAGAGCCGCGGUAUGAUACUCGAUAUCGACGUGUCGAACCGCGUUGUCGGCCUACGCGCCUCGUAUUUCCACCCGGAGGGCCUUCGCGCAGCUUCUCAGGGCAACGUGCAAAUCUUACCAGACUCGGGCAAUGUGUUUAUCGGCUGGGGUCACUGUGCCGCAUACACAGAGUUUGCACCGGACGGCGAGGUGCUGUGCGACACGCACUAUGCCCCCUCAAACUGGUUUCAGCUGAGCAUCUUGUUCUCGUACCGGGUCUACAAGAGCAGUUGGGUUGGCCGCCCGCUGACUAUCCCCGCGGCAGCUGUUAUUGGGGAUUCGGUUUAUGUGAGCUGGAAUGGCGCCACGGAAAUCGUCGCCUGGCGAUUAGAGCUAUGGGACGGUUCAGAUUUGAAUGACAUGAACUUCUUGCCCUCCACCAUUGUAGAGAAGAACGGCUUUGAGACUAAGAUUGAGCUUCCAAAAGCCCUUCCCAACAUAUAUUUUCGCGUUGUUGCGCUAGACGAUCAGCACGACGUCUUGGGGAGGACAGAGGUCCUUGCGAAGCAUCGCAAGACUACCUUUGCGGAGGCGCUGUGGAAUAUUUGGAAUAUGAUGUCCCGCGCUGUUCUCAUAACGGUCUUAAUGCUUGUAUGCUGUGUGAUACUGGCCAUCUUCUGGAUAUGGACGCUAUGGCCGAGUCGAUUUCGUUGUCAUUUGGGACGACGAUUCCGCUUUCAGCCAGUUUCGACCGACGAGCAUACGGCUAUACCACUAAUGAACAAUAAUCAUGACCAUGCGGAUUAA